AUGAAGACGCCCCCAUUCUUCAAAAAAGAAUUAAGAAGUKUGGAGGCUGAGGAAGGAGGUGCAGCUUUCCUGCAAUGUGAGCUAUCUAAACCAGGGUUGUMUGUGCAGUGGAAGAGAAACAGACUGCCUCUUAGGGCAAGCAGGAAGUAUGAGAUAAAACAAGAUGGCUGCCUGUUCCAGCUCCACAUCAAUGACCUGAGACUUGAAGACAGUGGCAGCUACUCAUGUCAAGCAGGAAGCACAGAGACAACUGCUAAUGUGACAGUGAAAGAACUCCCAGCUUUUUUCCGGAAGGAUCUGCAGAACAUAAAGGCAGAUGAAGGAGGUACAGCCUCACUUUUCUGUGAGGUUUCUAAACCUGGAGUCUCAGUUCAGUGGAAGAAGAACAAUGUGCCUCUGAGAGCCAACAAGAAGUAUGAGAUGAAGCAGGAAGGCUGCUUUCUAAAGCUUAACAUCAAGGAGAUCAAACCAGAGGACAGUGGCUGYUACACUUGCCAAGCAGGAGAAGCAGAGACUAGUGCCACUGUCUCAGUAAWAGAGCUCCCACCUUUCUUUAAGGACAAUUUGAAAAGUCUAACCGUUGAGGAGGGAGGGACAGCCUCCCUUUGCUGUGAGAUGUCCAAGCCUGGGCUGCCUGUGCAAUGGAAGAAGAACAGGCUGCCACUGAGAGCAAACAGGAAGUAUGAGAUGAARCAUGAUGGCUGCUUCAUUGAGCUGUACAUCAAAGAUCUCACACUUGAUGAUARUGGUAGCUACUCAUGUCRUGCUGGAGAUGUAGAGACCACAGCAACUGUGWCAGUGAAAGGUUAA